GGAUCGCCCAGCGCCGACUCCGCGGUUCUGUCCUGGGAAUUGGGCUUUCCUCAGCAUGGCGGACAUGGAGGAGCUCUUCGGGAGCGACGCCGACACGGAACCGGAGCAAAAAGACUCUGAUUCUGGAUCUGACUCGGAUUCGGACCGGGAGAACACCGGCUCAGUUAGCAACAUUUCCGGCAGCGAGAGCGACAGAGAGGACGAUGCGUUAAAGCCCAGCAACAAAGAGUUGUUCGGGGAAGACAGUGAGGACGAGGGUGUUUCUCACCACAGCGCCAGCGACAACCAGUCUGAACGAUCCUACAAUCCUUCUGAAGGCUCGGCGCACUCCGAACACGAGGACAACGAGGACCAGUCGGACAUUGAGCAGCACAGCGGCUCAGAACCUGCGCACGACGAGGAAGACGAGGAGGACCGCAGAUCGGAUGAUGGCAGCCAUCGCUCCGAGGCUGAAGGGUCCGAGAAAGUCCAUUCGGAGGACGAGAAAUGGGACAGAGAGGAUAAAAGUGAUCAGUCCGACGAGGACGAGAAGCUCCAGAAUUCAGACGACGAGGAGCAGAUUCAGCAUUCCGACGACGAAGAGAAAAACUCGGACGAUGAGGAGAGGGCGCAGAUCUCUGACAGCAAGGAGAGGCUGGACCAGUCCGAUGAUGACGAGGAGAGACCCCAGUCCGACGAGGACGAGAAGCUCCAGAAUUCAGACGACGAGGAGCAGAUUCAGCAUUCCGACGACGAAGAGAAAAACUCGGACGAUGAGGAGAGGGCGCAGAUCUCUGACAGCAAGGAGAGGCUGGACCAGUCCGAUGAUGACGAGGAGAGACCCCAGGUUUCUGACGAGGAGAAGCUUCAGAACUCGGAGGAUGAAGAAAGGCCGCGAAAUUCCGAUGAAGAAAACAUGCAGAACUCGGAGGACGAGGAGGAACGGGUGGCACGCUCGGAAGAGGAGAAGCUUCUGAAUUCGGACGACGAGAGGCCUCAGCAUUCAGACGAUGAAGAGCAACAUUUGUCCGAGGAUGAGGAGGAACGCGAGCACAAAUCAGAAUCAGCAAGAGGCAGCGACAGCGAGGAUGAUAUUCCCCAAGCAAGGAGCAAGAAGCAAAUUAUAUCUGAUUCCGAAAUGGAAAGCGAUACGGAAGGACAAAAAAAUAACAGAGACGCGAUGGAUUUGUUUGGAGGAGCAGACGAUAUCUCUUCAGGAAGUGAUGGAGAAGACAAGCCACCAACGCCAGGGCAGCCUAUUGAUGAGAACGGUUUGAAUGAAGGGCAGCCGGAAGACGAGGCUAUCCCUGAAACACGCAUAGAAGUGGAAAUCCCCAAAGUCAACACGGAUCUGGGAAACGACCUGUAUUUUGUAAAGCUUCCCAACUUCCUCAGUGUGGAACCCAGGCCUUUUGAUCCCCAGUAUUACGAGGAUGAAUUUGAAGACGAGGAGAUGCUUGAUGAAGAAGGCAGGACAAGAUUAAAACUGAAGGAUGUGUACAAAGCACCCCUGCAGGGAGACCACAACCAUCUCUUCAUCAGACAAGGAACUGGGCUUCAGGGACAGGCUGUCUUCAAGACAAAAUUGACCUUCCGGCCACAUUCGACAGACAGCGCCACGCACAGGAAGAUGACCCUCUCCUUGGCAGACAGAUGUUCAAAAACGCAGAAAAUCCGUAUUCUGCCAAUGGCUGGUCGUGAUCCAGAGUCCCAACGCACAGAAAUGAUUAAGAAAGAGGAGGAACGGCUGCGAGCGUCUAUUCGUAGGGAAUCCCAGCAGAGAAGGAUGCGCGAGAAACAACACCAACGGGGUCUGAGUGCCAGUUACUUGGAGCCCGACCGCUACGACGAGGAAGAAGAAGGAGAAGAAGCCAUCAGCCUGGCCGCCAUCAAGAACAGAUACAAAGGCGGGAUACGAGAGGAGCGCGCUCGGAUUUAUUCGUCAGACAGCGAUGACGGCUCGGAUGAGGAGAAAACACAGAGGCUGCUCAAAGCGAAGAAACUCAACAGUGAUGAGGAGGGUGAGCCUUCCGGUAAGAGAAAAGCUGAAGAUGACGAAAAGACCAGCAAGAAACAGAAGAAAUAUGUGAUCAGCGAUGAGGAAGAUGAAGAUGAGGAGAUGUAAUAGGCAUGGACUUUGAACAUUGGUGAUAGGGUGUUUUUUUUUAAAAAAAAAAAAUAGAGACUAUAUUGUUCUUUUCCAACCAUGAUGUAAGUAGAUUCCAUGAAGAAUGGGGGCGGGGGCGACAUUUGUAUUAAUGAUAUUAAUGUGAAUAAAACUUUUUGUGGGA